GGCUCUCCCCCUCUCCUUCCCUCGGAGCCGAACGAUUUUGCAGGCGGUCCGGAGGAGCAGCCCUGCUGGCACCGAAAGGAGCCUAGGAAUGCUGCUGUUGCUGGGGUUGUCAAUGUGUUUUCGCCGCAUCAGAUGUGAGUAUCUGGGUUUUAGAGGGGAGCAGAAGUUCAGUGAAGAACCCGACGCUGAAGGGGCUGUUUGAGGAAACGGCUGCUGGGAGUGAAAAAUUUUGGUGGUUCCCUUCUGCGGAUCUGGGUGUUUCUUUGCCAGUCACUUUGCUGGCAGCAGCUCAGGGGUGCCAAGGGCCCGCGGUGGUGUUGUGGGGUCUGCAAUCACAGCCUGUCCCAAAAUGGGUAAUGCCUGGAAUUCCCCCGCUAAACCCAGGCCAAAAGGGCUCUGGGGUGGGUCAGCGAGAGGCCGGAGUGGCAGCAGUGCGGCUGAGCCCCAACCAACUCAUCCUGUGGAGGGCUGCGUGAAAGAGGCCGAAUCCAAAAGUUCCAUUGCUUUAAUUUGCUUAUCUGCUACGAACACUUCCCCUUCUGCUGCACAAACCCACAGCGCACUCAGAGCCACCCCCACAGCAUCACGGCAGCUCCUGACACACCGCAGCGCUGCCCGGCUCCCGCAGGAUCACAGAGAUGCCCACCCUGCUGCUCACUGCUCUCGUCCUCUGCCUCGCUGAGCCUGUCCUGCCCAACCAAGACACCGAAUACAUCCAGAGCUGCAUGCAUAACCUGUCAGAGGGGCUGAAACAGGGCAGCUCCCGGCACAACUGGGCCAGCAGGUUAACAGAGCUGGAGCGGGCGCUGGCCCACAGCACGCUUGGCAAAGAGGAAUACAGCUUCAAAACCAACAUCCUAGAGGCCUUUGUGUUCAAUAUCACGGCCGGCAGCUUCCGAGGGCUCAACGUUAGCAGCAACAUGCCAGUGCAGAGCAAAGGGCGGGCGUCAGCAUGGCUCAGGGGCAGCAUCAACUUCCCAGUGGAACUGAUGGAGGGCAUGGGGGCACAGGAGGAGCAGAAGCUCAUCUGUAUCCACAUCCACAGUGCCAGCUUGUUCCUGGAUGAGCACAACAGCUCUGUGCUGAACGACCACAUCCUGGGGGCCUUCCUGCACAACAGGCGGGUGGGCUGGCUGCGGCGCCCCGUGGAGAUCCGCUUUGGGCACAACGAGCAGCUGGACAGCUCCAAUGCUACCUGUGUCUUCUGGCAGCCCGCAGGCACGGGCAGUGCUGGCACAUGGAGCAGGGAGGGCUGCGAGACACAGCACCAGAAGGGCACCGUGCGCUGCCUCUGCAACCACCUCACCUACUUUGCUGUGCUGCUGAUCCAGGCACACAACCUGAGCGAGUCCGAGCUGCAAUCUCUCACCUACAUCAGCACCGUGGGCUGCUCCAUUUCGGCCACUGCUGCCUUCUGCACACUGCUGCUCUGCUGUGUCUUCAGAUGCCGGCCGCGGGACGACACGACCAGGAUCCACAUGAACCUGCUGGCUGCACUGCUCCUGCUCAAUACCAGCUUCUUGCUGAGCGAGCCGCUGGCUGCGGGCACCAUGGAGGGCUGCCAGGCUGCGGCCGCCCUCCUGCAUGGCAGCCUCCUGUGUGCCCUGGGCUGGAUGUGGGCUGAGGGCUUCCACCUCUACCUCCUCCUCAUCAAGGUCUACAACAUCUACGUGCGGCACUACCUCCUCAAGCUCUGCCUCUGCACCUGGGGUCUGCCCACGCUGGCCGUGCUGGCUGUUCUCAUCUUCAAGAGAGAAAUCUAUGGGCACCACAUCAUCAGCACUGCUGACGGUUACAAGAACAUGACCAUGUGCUGGCUCACCAGCCCGCCCGCCCACUACAUGACCCUGUGCUAUGCUGGCCUCAUCCUGCUGUUCAACGUGCUGGUGCUGGUGGCCGUGGUGGUGGUGCUGUGGAAGACACGGCAGCAGCAGCGGAGGGCGAGGAGGGACUGGGUGACGGUGCUGGGGCUCACCUGCCUGCUGGGCACCACCUGGGGCACGGCCUUCUGUGCCUUUGGAGUGCUCCUCGUGCCCCAGCUCUACCUCUUCACCGUCCUCAACUCCCUGCAAGGUGUGUUCCUCUGCCUUUGGUACCUCAGCACGCAUCGCAGCAAGCGCAGCACAUCCGACUGCAGUGCCUCCAGAUAGCGGGGCUGCGGGAUUGGCCUCGGUAUUUAGCGUUAAUUAAAGUGGCGUCCGGUGAUGGAGGCGGCGAGGAGCCGCCAGAGGGCACCAGGGCAAUGGGCUGCAGUGUGGUACAUGGGAAACGGGUUUUCCUCCCAUACAAAAGCAAACGCGGAACAGAGCUCCAUGGUACGAACAAGACUUUUGAUGGAAUCAUAGCCGCUGUAGGAUCGCCGAAUCCAACCGCUGACCCACCCCCUAACCCCGUCCCUAAAUAGAAUCGCAGAAUCAUGAAGGGUGGAAGAGACCUCUAAGUCCGGCGCCACCCCAUCACCCUUAGGGGGGUUCCAGCAGCCCAGCCUGCAGCAGGCACACAGCGAGGAGAAACUGUGGGGGCAGGAAACGUGGCUGCAGAUGGUGAUGGCAAAGCGGCAGCCCGAAUCGGCCCCACUUUGCCUCUCUGCACCCAGGACUUUGGAGCCAGGUUGUGGGGACAGGUAUCACAUUGCGGGGUCCUCCCCAUGCAGGGCACGGUGGCACAGCUCCAGCUCUUCCCAUACCACUCCUCUGAGUGUUUUUCCCUUUCUGGCUGCUUUGUGGGACCUAUUUCUGGGAACAGAGCAAAGGAAGCCGCUCGCCCUUGUGCUUUGUUCUGCGCACAAAGGAAAUUCGCUGCUGAGUUUCCACCCGUCCCGCUCACA